AUUGGCUUCUGGUAGCCAAAGCUUAGGCUGUCACCUUGUUUGGGUGUUGUAGCGGAAAAAUGGCAACCGAGACAGGAAGAUACAGAAGCACAGUUUCUAAAGCCAAAGAUCCCUCCAGUUUACUCAUUUCUGUCAUAAGAACACUGUCCAGCAGUGAUGAUGUGCAGGACAGAGAGACGGAGAAGAGUCGCCUGGAGGAGGCAUAUGAGAAAUGUGACCGGGAAUUGGAUGAGAAGAUUGUGCGCCACUAUACAGAGCUGACCACGGCAAUUCGCACCUACCAAAGCAUAACAGAGCGAAUCACCAUCUCUCGCAAUAAGAUCAAACAGGUGAAGGAGAACUUGUUGUCCUGUAAGAUGCUGCUGCACUGCAAGCGAGAUGAGCUGCGGAAGCUGUGGAUCGAGGGCAUCGAGCACAAGCACGUGCUCGACCUGCUGGACGAGAUCGAGAACAUCAAGCAGGUGCCCCAGAAGCUGGAGGCCUUCAUGGCCAGCAAGCACUACCUGCACGCCACUGACAUGCUGGUGUCUGCCGUGGACUCCCUGGAGGGCCCGCUGCUGCAGGUGGAGGGCCUGAGCGACCUGCGUCUGGAGCUGCACAUGCGCAAGCUCAACAUCCACCUGGUGCUGAUUGACGAGCUGCACCGCCACCUCUACAUCAAGUCCACCAGCCGCGUGGGCCACAAGAACAAGGACAAGGCGCGCACUGCUGGAUCUGCUACCAAAGACACGUCUAUUUUGGAUGUCAGCACCCUGUCCACCCCACGCAAGCUCACCGACACAUCCCAGUUCAGCACUCCAGGGAGCUCCAGCAUGCGGGAGCAGCAGGACAUCCGCGAGGAUCUGGACGUGGACCCGGAGGAGAACAGCGCCGAGUUCAUGGGCAUCCUCAUCAAGGCCCUGGCCAAGCUGAAGAAGAUUCCCGAGGCGGUGAAGGCCAUCAUGGAGCGCCUGGAGCCCGAGCUCAAGCAGAUCCUCAAGAGGUCCACCACCCAGAUCGCCGACCACGCCUACCAGAGAGGAGAGACCCUGGCCCAGGACAACCCGCCAAGGCUGCUGCUGGAACUGCUGGAGCUGCUCUUCGACAAGUUCAAUGCGGUGGCUGCGGCUCACAGUGUGGUGUUGGGCCACCUCCAGCACAUCGUAGCUGCCAGCGGGGGCUCCCAGGAGGGCAUCAAGCUGUACGAGCAGGCCGACGUCUCUGCCAAGAUACAGACCGUGCUGCAGGUGCUGCUGAUGGACUACCUGGACGUGAAGAACAGCCGCAGCGCUGCAGAGCCCUCUGCCCAGCUCUCCUACACCAGUGCCGCCAGCGACUUCGGGGCCUUCUUCGCCAAGAAGAAACCGCUGCGGCCCAAACAGUCCCUCUUUAAGUUUGAGUCCUCCUCCCAUGCCAUCAGCAUGAGCGCCUACCUGCGGGAGCAGAGGAGAGAGCUGUACAGCAAGAGUGGAGAGCUGCAGGGUGGUGCCGAUGAUAACCUGAUCGAAGGUGGAGAGACCAAGUUCCUGUGCAAACCUGGUGCCAGAAACAUCACUGUCAUAUUCCAGCCUCUGCUCAGGUUCAUCCAGGAGGUGGAGCAGAAUAUGGGCCCUGGUGGCCAGACCAAGCAGUGCCAGCUCCGCACCUUCCUCACCUACUACAUCAACGACCUCUUCCUCAACCAGGUGCGCACCGAGAUCAACAAGGAGAUUGAGACAGUCACCAAGGUGGCCGACCCGCUCAAGAUCCUGGCCAGCGCCGACACCAUGAAGCUUCUGGGCGUCCAGCGGCCGGUGCUGCAGAGCACAGUGAUUGUGGAGAAGUCCAUUCAGGACCUGAUGUGCCUGAUGCAGGACCUGAGCGCCUACUCCAACCAGUUCCUGGAGAUGGUGUGUGACAAACUGAAGGAAUACAAGGAGAUCUGUAACACGGCCUACAGGGGUAUAGUCCAGUGUGAGGAGAAGCUGACCAUCAGUGCCUCCUGGUCCAAGGAUGAGGACAUCAGCCGCCUGCUGCAGUCUCUGCCCAACUGGACCAGCAUGACUCAGCCCAGACAGCUGAGACAGAAGAGGGAGGACGAGGAGGAUUUCACCAGGGCUGCCUUUGCCAAGGAGUCGGAGGUGUUGACGGGUAACCUGGGCGACAAGCUGAUCCCGCAGAACGAGAUCCUGCGCGACGUGAGUGACCUGAAGGCGCUGGCCAACCUGCAGGAGAGCAUGGAGUGGCUGGCGGCACGCCUCAAGGGUUUCUUCUCCAGCCUGCCACCUGCCUCCAACGUUUCCCCGGGCUCUCAGGACGUGCAGACGAGCAGCGAGAACACGCGCAGCCGUGAGCAGAUCCUGCAGACGCUGGCCGACCUCUCGCGGGGCUUCCAGGACAUCGCCGACCGCUGCCUGCUGGCCUUGCACCUUGAAGUCAGAGUGCACUGUUUCCAUUACCUCAUUCCCCUGGCCAAGCAGGGCAACUAUGCCAUCGUGGCCAAUGUGGAGAGCAUGGACUAUGACCCGCUGGUGGUCAAGCUCAACAAGGACAUCAGCGCCAUUGAGGAGGUGAUGGGAGCCAGCCUGCAGCAGCACAAGUUCCAGUACAUCUUUGAGGGCCUUGGGCAUCUCAUCUCCUGCAUCCUCAUCAACGGGGCGCAGUACUUCAAGCGCAUCAGCGAGUCGGGUAUCAAGAAGAUGUGCCGCAACAUCUUCGCCCUCCAGCAGAACCUCACCAACAUCACUAUGUCACGCGAGGCAGACCUGGACUUUGCCAGGCAGUACUACGAAAUUCUGUACAACACGCCGGACGAGCUGCUGAACCUGGUGGUGGACCAGGGCGUGCGCUACACCGAGCUGGAGUACACCAACGCACUGAGCUUGCUGCACCGCAGCCAGACGGGCGUUGGCGACCUCACCGUGCAGAACGUGCGUCUGCAGCGCCUCAAGGAGCUCAUCUGCGAGCAGGCGGCCAUCAAGCAGGCCACUAAAGACAAGAAGAUCACCACCGUCUGAGGAGAGGAGAGGAGAGGAGGGGUGGAAGAACCACAGAGAAUAGACUGAUAGAUUAAUAGAUGGACUGAUAGGUGAAUAGAUGGACGGCGGAAUGGGAUGUGUCUGUAAUGCUUUAAUCUAACCCUCAAAACACACACAUACAGACUUAAUGCUUUAACAGUGUCAGCAAGUUACUGAAACUCCGUCUCUAUCUUUAUAUCUUCUUUUUUUUUUUUUUUUUUACUUUCACAGCUACAUCAUCCUGUUAAUGCCUUUUCAUGUGGUUUCCUGACUUUGGGUGUUUGUUUGUUCUUACAGUUUAUUUAUGCAUUAACGCAAUGAACCGGAAAGUUACUUCCCCAACUGAUGGGUAUCUAGUGAUUUGUACUGCAAGCACCUGACAUUUCCUUAAUAAGAAGGCCUAGAGAAAUAGACACACACGCACACGCACACGCACACUAACUAGAUAAAUCCUUAGAUCAUGCUCUGCUGGACCUGGCUUCACUUUGUAGUGCUCGGGGACUGUAUGGCUCCGGCUUGGGGCCAUUUUCAUCUCAUUUUCUCUGUAAUAUCAGAGCGCAGCGCGGCCAUGCCGUUUCCUCCUCAGCGUUUCCCAGCCGGCCCUGCAGGCCCGUGCCCGGAAUUGCCAAUGCCAGAUUAGAACCAUUUGAAUUAUUAUCGGGCGAAUAGUAUCGUGUGGCCUCGCAUUUUUGUUGAUUCACUCCGCUCCCUGGAGACCAGGAUAUGGAAAUCGCCACACGCUCAUUUAGCCACAGAUUCUUUAGUUUUUUUUAUUUUCUUGUUCAUAUUCUUUUACUACUUUGUUUCCCGCAAUUUCUUAAUCUUCUUUAUUUCAGCCUGUAGUUUCCAGUUGAAGAAGGUGGGGUGGGGGCGGAGAGUAGAUUUCAGUGCUGACCAUUGCAGCAUAGAGACUCAUUUGGAAUGCAAGAGCCAGCCUCGAUGCAGUGUAAACACAGUUCAUACAAGGAUGGUAUUACAAAAUGGAUGCUCGCUAUCCACCUAUGACUGUAAUUUGGGUCCUCUCUUAAAAGCCACUGCGUUCCCUCGCUUAAGCAAAUGCUAACGCUAAUGCACAUACUCCAGCACAGAGCCACAAAUGAUUUGUCUGUUAUGCUCCCUUGGCAUUUUUAGUUAAUUAAGUGUGUGGAGAAAAGUACUUAACAAAAGACAGAAAAAAGGGAAGAGGGGAAAGAAAGAGAGCCUUGUCAGGAGAAGGGAGAAAGAAGUGAAAAGCACGAGGCACGAGGCAGGGAUGCUCUUCCCAGAAAGUGCCGGAACGAUCCAUCAUAAUGACUCAGCCCCGAAAUCAAUGAGGGAGCAAAGGCAGCCACAGGGAUUAACAUGAGGCAAACAAUCUUUCAUUUAUGUUGCUGAUCUAAAUCUUAAGGAGAGCCUUUCACUGCUGUCAAGCCAGGUUGAGGGUUUUUUUUUUUGGGGGGGGGGGGGGGGGGGGGGGUCAAAGGGCAGGAAGAGACAAGUGAGGUGUGACCAGAGGUAUGACAGUGCCAAGCCUGACUGAGAGCCUGCACAUGAGCGGCCUCACUGGAGAAAGGGAGAAUAGGAAAAGAGAGAAGGGGGUUGUAAGGGUGUUUGUUCCCACACAGCUCAUGUGUCAGCAAAGGCUUUUGUUUUGUUCUGGUUAUAUUCUUUCAGUUUUUGUUGCUCUUUUGUAAACAUUACCUAUGGAACCACGUUUUGUUUUGCACAACACUAAUUAGGACACCUGUUGAAUUGCUUUUUGCAUAUGAAUGUACUUCUUGUGUGCCUGCAUGGCAUAGGAUUAAUUAAAAAUGAUAUUUCGAACCUUAAAAUGUACAUUAAAAAUCUUGGAUGAGAUGAUCUAAAUAGCACUCUGUGCAUCCCAGGCCUAUAAACAUUUAAUUCUCGAUGUUACUGAUUUGCCAAUCCAUGUUUGUGUAAAAGAAAAAGUAAAAACAGCAACAAUAAACAAUUGAGAUGA